UUAUAAUUAACCGUGUUUUUAUGUAAUACAAGGAUGAAGCCACACACAUAAGAGGUGAACGAAUGCAGUGUCCUCUUGAUCCCCAACACACAUGCUUUGCUAGCAAACUGGAGAGCCAUUUGAAGAAGUGCAAUGCAAGAGAGAUGCCGAAACCGAACUACUACCGUAAGAACAUCAAUGCUGGAUUGACUGCCAGCCCGAUAAAGGUCACAUUGGCGGAUACAUCUACUGCUGAUCUUCAUGAGUUAGUUGAGAAAAUUGAGACAAUUUAUAAAGAUCAUGUUCCAGAGAUUGCCACUGAGAUCCUAACGCAUGAAGUGUUGAGGCAACGGCUACAGGACCCAUAUUACGGCAGCUUUGCACAGAAGCAUCUUCAGCAACAGGCAUCAAUACUUGGACACAUGGAGCAACUGGGACUGUUAAAAAACGGCCAUUGCUUCGUAGAGUUUGGAGCAGGAAAGGGUCAGAUGUCGCACUGGGUGCAGCAAGCUUCACCACAUUCUGAAGACAGUCACUUUGUUCUGGUUGAUCGAGGCGCGAAUAGGUACAAGUUUGACAGUUUUCACAAAGAGGAAGGUCCAGCAUUUGAAAGAAUAAGGAUGGAUAUUGCUCAUCUCAAUCUUAGUGAAAUUCCUAGCAUCAAGGAGAAACACACACCAAUCAUUGGAUUCAGCAAACACCUGUGUGGUGCAGCAACAGAUCUUGCUCUCUGCUGUCUCGCAUCAACGCUACCGCCCCCUCCGUCGGAUAAUACCUCUGCCACUGGCCUUCCCGAGGAACCAACGUUGCACCAAUGUAGAGGCGUUGUCAUUGCACUGUGCUGCCACCACCGGUCGGACUGGAAUAGCUACGUGGGGAAGCGCGCAUUCAGUGAGUGGGGUCUGAGCGCUGCUGACUUCAGCCUCAUCUGCGGUAUGACCAGCUGGGCGACGUGCAAGCUGACCGACGCUGGGGAACAAGCCAACAGCCGAGACAACGCGGACAGCAAGACGGAUGUCACUGUUAAUCAUGACGAAAAUGUCGCUGCGAACGCCGUGAGGUGGGACCGCGAACAGGUCGGAGGGAAGUGUAAGCGACUUAUCGACCAUGGGAGAAUUCUCUACAUGAAGGAGCGAGGCUUUGACUGCCGCGUGCGAUUCUACGUUGACUCCAGUGUCUCCCCGGAGAACGUCUUAUUGAUAGCAACGAACGAUGACAACACAAGAUAGUCAGUAGUCUGUGCAGGCGAUAGCAUGUUAUUCGCUAGCAACUAUAUCUCGGGGAAAUCUGGUUCAAUGUGAUGGCUAAGAGAGAUCUUGUGAUCGUGCGGACGCACGAGUAAUUUAAACAAAAAUGCCAUCAUUUAUAUGUCAUGUUGGUUUCAUCUGUUGUGUUUCAAUGGUUAAUAUUGUAUGCGUUUUGAUACAUCAAUGUCGAAACUGUAUCACUGCUAUUGACAUUUUAAAUUAUUUACUAGUGCUUUAAUCCAAGCCUGAAAAAUAUAGACCUGAAAGUUUUUUAAUAUUUUUAUUUUUAUUUUUUUAAUAUUUUUUAUUUUCAUACUUGACACAAGUACAUAUAUUUACACAUAUAGCUGAUCAAAUAUGUAGACACAUACAGGAUUUGGACAAUAAUAAGAACAUAUUCAAAGCAUAUUUUGGAUCAUAUUAAAAAAUUUGGGAAGAUUAUAAGUACGGACUACACUAGAUAAAGUCACCAACAAAAUGCAGUACGAUGUAUACAUUACAUAUAGUAAAGAAGCAAAUUAUUGGCGGUAAAUUAUAAUAAGUUACUGUACAGAGGCCACGACUACUAAUUCAACAAAGUUCUGCACAUUGUGCAUGUUGGCAUACCUUUUGUAGUCGUAUACAAUAGAGUAGUAUAUUGUUUUAUUGUAAGCUGUGAAAUAAAGCAGCCCAUUUACCAUAAAACUUGUUCAUAGACUGUUCAUUGUGUGGGUAUAGACCUGAAAGUUGGUAAUUAUAGUGGUCAUUGGCUUGUAAGCAAUGCAUAUCUAGAUAAUUAAUGUAUUUUUAUGGUAAAAAAAAUCCAUUUAUUUUGUAUUGCA